GACCACGAGGUCGCUCUGUUAUUGUCAAAUGGAUUACAAUGGCAAAGUUCGAUUCACUCUUUGACUCUUAGUCAAAAGGAAGCAUGGCCACUCACGAUUCAUCUAAGGUCCUCGCAAUACCGUUGAUAUAAAAUCCUCGUCUCCCACUCCGGCCAGCAUAUCUUCAACCAAUAACGAAUAUCAUCGUGGCAAUCAUGAAGACAAGUUUCGCCUCCACUCUGGCAAUUCUGCCUAUCCUCACCAUCGUCUCGGCCUUUGAAGUAGCCGACAUCUAUAAGACCACCCUCGGCAAGUCGGAUUGUACUGAUAUCCACUUGACGGAAGGGCAUGUCCUCCAUGCCAAUUGCGUCCAGCCCGGAUAUGGAUCUCGCGCGGAUUUCCAACUUGACCUCAACUUAUGCCUCGCUAACUACUUGGGUUCGCUAAACCAUGUAUCAAAUGGCGGGUUCGGUGGUUCAUGCAACCCUUGCCGCAUGGACGGCACGAAACUGAUUUGCGAGUGCUCAAUCGGUGCGGGUCUCGGUACUCAGCAUAAUGAAGUUGAGCUUAACGAUUGGGAUGUUAUUCAAGUCCACGAUGAGUCUUUGACUUGUGGUACCCCGGUAGGUCUCGAAAUGAGAGACGCCGGUAAGAGCGCACGAUCCUUCACCGCUUAAGUUAUGGACUUUAUAUAGGUCUAUUUUAACAUCAUCCCAAAUUACCUGUUUAUUUGGUAAAGAGAGGUUAGCCAUGGUUUCGGGCAGAUAGGCUUAUAGCUCUUCGCGUAAAAAUAAAAUAAUUUUUUUUAUCACUGUU